UUGAGAAAAAUUUACGCUCGAGUCCGGUUGAUUUUCGGGAUGUGCACGGGCGUGGGACAUCUUUAAAGUGGGGUAGCGGUGGACAAGAGAUACGUAGUACAAUAAUUUAAUUUAGGUUGAUGAUGCAAAUUGGCCAACGUAGAGAGAUCCACUCCCCGAGAGAUUAUAAAGCUGAUGUGUCGACUGUUUGCCCUUUGUCAGAGCGAAUCUAAUUAAGUUGUUUAAUUUGUGACUUCCCAAUCACUAUCAUAAUUAUAAUUAUAGUUUAGAUGAGCUUCAAACCUCAGCAUUAAACUAUAUAAGUCGAGUUUUUGAUCAUUUAUUCUGUUUAUAUAUUUUUAGCAACGUAUCUACAAGAAACCUUAAGACUCGCCGAUCUAGUAGCCACCUGCAGCUGACAAGAUCAGCCAAGCUAGGAGAGGGUAUCGUGCUGAAGAGGGUCUAUAGAUCUCAAUAAUCGUGUGCGGCCAGAAUGAAAUCCGGAAGAGCGGAAACAUUCUCCUCAAUUCAGGCGCUCGGAAAUGGGGUCGGGAGCGAGUUCGAAGGGUACCCGGGCGACUGUGCACACAGCUGUGGGUGCUGUCCGAUGGAAGAAGAAUGCCCCUUUUUCCAAGUCUUCAGUUUCAGAGGUGGCGCCAAGCGAAGAACCAACUCCUCAGACUGACAAUGAUAAAGAUAUGGAGGACGAAGGAAGGAAAUUAAAGAACAACAAGAAGUCUGUUCCUCAGACUUCUACGACCACCACGCAAGCCUCUUCAAAACAAGGAAAAGAGAAAGCAAAACUUGGUGAAACAAAAAAUUCUGCUCCGAAACCUGUAAAGCCAGAAAAAUCUGGUGAUAAAGGCAAAUCAACAGUAAACAAAGUCACGAAAACUUCAGAGGCAAAGAAACCAGCCAGAAAAACUGUUGCACCAAAGAAAGCUACAUGUACAAUCAGUGAUAAUGACCAACUAAAUGUUGCUAGUAAAAGUGUCCAACUUUCAACCGGAUCUGAUUUAGGUCAAAAGGUUGAGAGAGUUUUAAAAGGUUUGAUAGAAGAAAACUACCCUCUAAAUUCAAGGACCAUUCGCAUCUUUCUGAGUUCCACAUUCACUGACACAGAACAUGAGCGUAAUGCUCUCAUGGAGCAAGUGUAUCCAAAACUGAGACAAUUUUGUCAGAAGAAAGGCUACGAAUUCCAGGUUGUAGACAUGCGCUGGGGAGUACGAGAUGAUGCUACAGAUACACACAUGACAACUCAGCUAUGUCUACGGGAAAUCAAAGCUUGUCAAGAAAUCUCUGUUGGACCAAAUUUUGUGACUUUGCUGUCAGAAAAGUAUGGUUAUCGCCCAUUGAUGCCUUCAAUUACUGCUAAGGAGUUUGAGUUAAUUCUCAGUAAAGCCUCUGACAAUCAAAUACAUGAACUUCUUAUCAAGUGGUACAAGGAGGAUGAAAACUGUUUUCCUGUAUCAUACAUUCUCCAGCCUGUAACAACUUGGAUACCAAACUUCAUCAAUGAUAGCUGUGAUCUAUCCCUCAGAGAACAAGCACAGAAACAAUGGGAGAGUGAAUAUAACAUGAUGAGAGAAUUUCUCCUACAAGCUGCAAAGGAAGUCUUAAACGAGGAAGAUAUCUGGCAGAAAUAUGUCACAUCAGUGUCUGAAGAAGAAAUUAAACGGGGACUUUUAGAAGUUGGAAACCCAAAACGAUCUUGUGUCUGGUUUCACCGUACAAUCAAUGGACUAGACUCUGAUGCAGAUAACCCAGAAGUGUUAAAAUAUACUGAUAAUUGUCCUGAUGGCAUUUGUCUUGCUGAUGGCACCCAUCCCCAGGCUCUUCUACACAACUUGAAAAAUGAAAAAAUGAAGCAAGCUAUGGAUACUGAAAAUAUUUUCACCUAUGAUGUUACUUGGACACCAAAUGGUAUUGAUCCAAGUCUUGAUGAACACAAGAAAUAUCUUGAUCAAUUUUGUAAAGACUUUGAGGACAAGAUAAAGGAUAUGAUAUCAGAGGGUAUAUCUGAGCACAAAGUGGCUGAAACAGACAAUUUACUCUAUUCUGAAGUGGUGCAGCACACACUCUUUUGUAAGAGGAAACUUGAAGUUGUUUAUGGAAGAAAGUCAACAGUUGAGGAAAUUGAGGAUUAUGUUAGAGGCCCAAGUAGAUACCCACUGGUGAUUCAUGGAAAGUCUGGUUGUGGCAAAACAGCUGUUAUUGCCAUGGCAGCCAAGUCUAUAAGCGAAUUGUUGGAUCAGAAAGGUUGUAUAUGUCUCAGGUUUCUUGGCACAACACCCAAAAGUUCCACCAUCCUCCGAGUACUGAAGUCGGUCAUGCUACAGAUUAAACACGUCUACAAGCUCACAACGAAAGUUCCUCGUUCGUCCAAGGGAGUGUUUGAUCAGUUCCCAAGUUUUUUGUCCAGUGCGACUAAAGAUAAUCCAUUGGUAGUUAUCUUGGAUUCUCUGGAUCAACUUUCUCCGCUGCACGGAGCUUGGAAAUUAACAUGGUUUCCCAGGAAGCUUCCUCUACACGUCAAAUUUAUCGUAUCUACUCUCCCUGAUCAAGAAUACAAAUGUUUUCCAGUUCUCAAGGCACUCUUCAAAAAUCCAAAAUGUUUCGUUUCGGUCCCUGAAUUGUCUUCAGACGACGUGAGUGACAUAUUGACCAACUGGCUGAAGUCGGAGAACAGGACCCUCCAGGGCCAUCAGCUGCAGGUCCUCAAAGACGCCUUCAAAAUGUGUCCCCUUCCUUUGUUUCUAAAGAUCUCGUAUGACGAGACUCGACUUUGGAGAUCAUAUUCAGCUGUCAGUGAAACUUGUUUAGAAACAACCAUACGAAAGGCUAUCGACAAGCUCUUGGAAAGAGUCGAAAUUAGCCAUGGUGAGGUUCUUGUGCGACGCGCGCUUGGAUAUCUUACAGCAGCUUCUCUUGGUCUCGCUACAAAUGAACUUGAGGAUAUCCUGUCUUGUGAUGAAGAUCUUCUUCAUGACGUUUUCCAGUACUGGACCCCACCGAUCAGGCGUCUCCCCCCCUUGCUGUGGGUCAGAAUAAGGGCGGAUCUCUCCUCUUACUUAGUGGACAGGGGGGCGGAUGGAACUCAGGUUACGUGCUGGUAUCACCGUCAGUUUGUUCAGGCUGCGGAAGACAGAUACUUGUCAGAUGCAGUGGAGAAGAAGCGUUUACACACCCAUAUUGCUGAUUACUUCUUGGGAAGAAAUUUUGUUGAGGAAGAUACCAAAGAAAUGACCGUAAUUAACGGCAAGCAAGUGCGUUUGGCGAGUAUUUCAGGACAGCCCCUGUUAUUGUCCAAAGGUCGAUACAAUUUAAGAAAACUUCACGAACUUCCCAUCCAACUGAUUCGCAGCCAGAGAUGGGGCGAGUUAAAAAGUGAAGUUCUCUGUAACUUUGAGUGGCUAAGUACCAAGAUAGAGGUGCGUACAUUGAGAUCUGUGCUGGAUAAUUUCCGUUCCGCUAUGAACGCCGUCAAUGAUUCAGACAUUGCCGCUGUUGCAGAAACUCUCCAACUCGCACAAGACGCUAUUUUGAGCGACCCCAACCAACUGGCAGCGCAGUUUGUAGGCAGGCUUUAUGAGUGUAAAGUACAGGAUCCAUUUCAUGUAGUUCCAACCAAUCUAUCCCCGGUCCUAGCUAAACUAGUCAAGGAUUCUCGCAACCCUCCAGAGCCGGCGCUCAUUCCGUCCAGAGGUUUCCUUACCCCUCCAGGUGGACAGUUGGUUCACACACUCGUAGUUAACUCCGCCAGUGUGGUGUAUGGACUGGCAGCAACAAGCAACGGAAAAUUCGUUGUUACAGGCUCACAAGAGGGAGUCGUCAAAGUCUGGGACAAUAGCGACGGCUCGUUGGUCCUGACUGUGCCGGAGGCUGGGGAGGAAAUUGGUACGAUCGCGUGUGGGUGUGAUGAUGACGUCAUCAUUGUGUCCUCCAAAACUGGAAUUAGUUUGAUCUCGUUUGAAACUGGUGAAAUACUUCAAAGAGUGGAAAUCAAGUUCUUUGAGGGCUGUCCUCCGUUUACACUAGCCGGCGAAAAGGGAUCCAAAGUAGUCUUCCUCAAAGAAAAAGGCUUACAUGUUAUUUCUGCUUCUGGAAAGUUUUUGCACCAAUUUUCAGGCAUCAAUCCAGUCGGUGGCGCAGGUCAGAACAGUUUACUAACCUCUUGGAACGACACCGUACUAUGCAACUCAAAAGAAGAUGAAAACUCUUUGAAGGUGAUCGACACGUCUGACUACAAAAUUCUUCAUGCGAUCAAGGUUUUUACUGAGAAGGACGAAGAAGAAUUCCUUCAUCUUACCCAAGUAACAAUGAAAUCUGAAAGCGAAGUUCUUGUUGCCAAGAAAAUGAAGAUAGAUUUGUACUCGGUCGACAGUGGUGAGCAUUUGCGGACAUACAAAUGCAAAGUAGACGAUUGGAUUCGAAACUUGUCCCUGGAUCCCGACGAGGGCAUGCUUAUGUUUCCCAAAGAAAAUAAAGUCGCCCUCCUCGAUCUCGAAAGCGGUGAAAGAAAAGAUGUCCUACCACACCCUAAUUUUGUGUCGAGGGUUUUUGCUGUCGGCUCCGACGUUAUUUUAACAUCGGGCGGCGACAAUGUCGUUCGAGUAUGGGACUUAACUCGUGAAGAUGUUCAUCGACAAGUACAAAAACCCGAAACAGUAUUAAACAUUUAUUCUAUUCCUGGCGAUCCUCGACACUUGGUAACACUGGGGCGAUUAGGGAUUGACAAUUACUGUGUGACUAUAUGGGAUUUGGCGACCAUGUUACCACUGCGCAAAAUUACUGGCAUAACAACAAGUUACCUUCAGAUCAUCAAUGACAGAAGAGCUGCUAUUCGCGUUAAAGAAAACGUAGCGAUUGUGGACUUACACACGUGGAAGGUUGUCAACGUCCUCAAAGGAAAAAUCCCUCCCUAUGAUCUGCUCGGUGUGGACGAUAUUUGUGUUGUGAACGAUAACACUGAAAUACUUACCUACUCGCAUGAUCGCAAGAAUUUGAUGCUGUACGACAUCGAAACGGGAGACCAAGUGGCCAUGUUAAAAUCAGGCCAGCCUCAGCAAGAUAUCCGUUCAUUUCUGGUGAACUCAGAAGGAACAAUCGUCGCAUGGAAUGAAGCCAAGCCGACCGACCAAGUGCACGUGUGGGACCUGGAGACUAGAGAGCAAAUUUUUAUAAUCAAGAGGGAGGGGUGUGAGAGACAAUCAAUGACACACGCAGGGUUUACGCCGGACGGCGACUAUUUCGUGUCCAGUACGAAGGAAGGGAAAAAAGGGAGCCCUGUCAAGUUUUUAGCGGUGUGGGAUAUGAGGAAAAAGGAAUUGUUGCACGAUUUGCGGUACUCAAAUGAUACAGACACAAUCUCUGUGACAAUUUUGGACAACACCCGGGCGAUUACAGCACAUAAAGACUUGAACAUAGUUUGUUGGGACAUCGAGGAAGGGACCCCUAUUCAUAUUCUUCCCAGCAACCAUUUCAGUAAUUUACGAAUCAACAUCAUAGCUUCCAAAGGAGACGUCGUGGUUUCUUAUGACGAAAAGACGCUGAUCAUGUGGGACAUGAGAGCGGGCGCACAGAAGGCGACAUUCACUGCAGAUAAGGUGACAGCAAUUCAUCCCGUGGGGGAGGGUCAGUGUAUUGCGCUCGGCUAUGAAAGCGUAUUACCAUUAGUACUUCUUACUCUCCAGGGAGGGGACGUGAAGCCCUACGAAUUCCCCACGGAGGGUACCAAGGCCAUCGCUGGAACAGACAUGCAGAUUGAGUUCGAAGGCAUCAAAGGCGAAAUUGUCGAAGAAGAAGAAGAUACGAAAGUAAGCGACGGCGAAAACGAGACAGUUAAGCAAAGAGAGAAGAAGGAGGAACACGGGUCAGAUUGCGUGACUGAUCGGCUAAUCGAGAAUUGACAAUAAACAACAGAAAGCGCCAAGGAGGAAUUGCAUGAAAUGUUGAAAAGACAGAUUACAAAUGGACAGACGUGGAAGAAAUGAUUAUCGCACUAAAUGAACCUAAAACAUAGUAAUUGAAGAGAUUAAGAACUACCUUCAGAUUGAUAACUUGCAAAAAAGGAGGGCCGUGGGUUUGUCAGUGAUUUUAACGUUACUCUCUUAAAAUAGUUUGGAUAUAUCAACAAAGUUGAAAUGGUAAUUUGGCCACCGUAACGAUUACAAAAGCUGACGUUUCGAG